UGUCGCAAAAAGAUUACGAAGAGAGAAUUUCAUAGCAGGCGCUUGAGCAGUGGUUAGUAUGCAAAGCAUUGUCAGAGAAGACGACAAUGGCGAACCCUAGGAGGAACUCCAUUUCAUUCUCAUCUUCGAGCAAUCCUCAAAGCUUGGAGAGUCCAUUUCACAGUCAAUCCCAAGGCCGAAGCCUUUCUCUCUCGUUAGCCUUGUCAUUCUCGCAUCUGAAGAACUUUCUCAAGAAGCCUCACGCCUUCCCUUUCCUUCUCUCUGUUUUCCUCUUACUCACAUGGAUUUCUCUCAGAAUCCAACACUCUUCUUCUCGCUUCUCUUCUCCCAAUUCCUCUCGAUUUCAGCAGAUUCCCGAUUCGUGGAGCAAGGAUGACGAUCUCAAGGCCAACCUCGUCCGCUUCAAGUCUGGAUUCCCUUCCCCAAUUGCCAAGGACAACAGGGGCUGGCUACUCGACCCUAUUUCUCUCGCGCUUGGUUCCGGCAUUCCUGGUGGAGCAGUGACCUGUGCUUCUAUUCAUAUUGGAGAAAUUCAACCUGGUGCUAUGAGGGGAAACCACAGACAUCAUACAUGUAACGAGACAUUUGUCCUGUGGGGGGCUAGAACAAAAUUCAGGUUGGAGAACAGCAAGGUUGGUGAUAAAGGAUAUGCUGAAGUGAUCAUUGGUGCGGAUGAGGUUGCUGUUGCAGCAAGUCCAAGAGGAACAGCCCACGCAUUGAUAAACAUGGAUCCUGUACGGACUACAUUGUUUCUGGGGUGUCAAGAUGGUAGUAUAAACUAUAACAGUUCAACUUCAGAUUUUAAAGUUUGGAAAGAUCUUUAGUUGCAAUAACUUCUCUUAACUCAGCAACUAUUUAGGUCUUGACAAGAAUGUCUUUGGCUUUUCUUCUUCCCUUCUAUUUCCCUUUGCCUAACCUGUUGGAUUUUUGCUAGGUGGAGGGAAUGGCAUUGUACUUGGAGAAUUUGUGAGCCAAUUGUGUCAUGAACUGAGAUCAAUUAUUACAUCUUUGUAUACAGUAUUCUUUUUAUACAGUAUGAAAUAUACUUCAAGUCUGAAGCACAA